AUGGUUGUGGAUGAAGGCAUGGCGGCAGCAGGCGCGCAAGGCAGAGCAGCACAUGUGAGCAAUAAGGAGAGGGCAGCGAGGGAGGGGCUGAUUGCUCGUGCUGCUGGUGCAGGGGCGGGGGUGGGGGUUGCUGCUGCUGUGAUGCCCAGGAGCAGCGGAGCACAGAGAGGCACAGCCGCACCAACGAUUGGUGGAGGCGGUGGCAGGGGGGUAGGGGAAACAAAGGAGCAGAGGGAAAUAGACGAGGCGAACAGGGGUGUAGUGAGCGGCAUGAGUGCGGCGCAGAUAGCAGAGGCACAGGCAGAGCUCAUGGCACGCCUGCCCCCGGGUGCUCUGGACAUGCUCAGGCGGCGAGGCAGGGAGAAGGAGGAGCGGCGCAGAGGGGCAGGGGCAGGGCAAGGGAGCAGGUCGGAAGGGGUGAGUGGUGGAGCAGGCAGUGGUGGGGCGGGGGAGGAGAAGCAGCAGCAGCAGGAGGAAAUGCAGGUGGAUGGUGGAAGCGGUGGGGACAGUGGCGGUGCAUCGCUGCACUCCUCCCAGCAACCACUCUCUCAGCAUCCACCUGCCAGUGGCCCUCCACUGCCACGUCAGCAUGACCGGCCUGCCACGUGGGAGCAGCGAGUGGAGCGCAUUCGCAGUGUGCGGUUUGCAAUGGAUGGGCGGCCAGUCCCAGCUGACGUGGCACGGGAGGCAGAGAGCGCUCUCGGGGUGCCGGCUGAAGCUGCCAUGCACUUUGACCAGGACUCACCGCAAGGCAUGGCGGUGCGUGACCUAGCGGUGCGACACGUGGCGGAGCGGGACUGGCUGAGGACGGGCGCGCAGCCAGGAAGGGCGGGGUACACGGUGCGCGAGGCGGUGGCGCUGUCGCGCAGCCACGUGCCCGCCCAGGCCGCCGCCGGGCUCGCCCUGCUGUCUGCCGUGCUCGCCCGGGCAGCGCACACACACACACGGAGGGAUGAAAGCCAUAGUGACGGGUGCGGUGAUGGCAUGGUGGGGGGCAGCUUGUCGAGUGAGGUGGCUGGUGGUGGAGGGGAGACGGGGCAAUGGGGCUUGGAGGAGGAGGAGGAGGACUGGCAGGCGGUGUGGGCAUAUGCGCUGAGCCACGAGAGUGUGUGGCGAGGGGAGGCCAUCACAGCCACAGCCCCCGUGCACAAGCCCAAGGCCGCCGCCUCCUUCCUGCCCAAGCCCCUCACCGCCUCCUCCUCCUCGCCCUCCUCUGCGCUCGCCUCUGCGCCCUCCCUGCUGCUUGCCUUCGCGCGCGCCCACCACUGGCGCCGCAACGUGGCUUGCUCCGAGCUGCUGCUGCCUGCCCAUGCUGACGGCAAAGAUGGGGAGGACGAGGAAGACGAGGAGGAGGAGGAGGGUGGCGGCACAGAGGGCAUGGGGCUUGGUGGCGUGGGCAUGGAGGGCGCAGGGGAGGGCGACAAGCGCACGGUGGGCAGUGAUGCGAACGUGGCGUGCAGGGACGUGUGCGCGGGGCUCAUCCGCAUGGGCAUCCUGCCCCGCCUCGCCUACCUGCUCCAGCCGCACUCGCCUCUGCAGCACCACACGCACCUGCACCUGCCUGCAGCCAGCCCAAUGAUCGCCCGCCACGUGGCAUCCUCUGAACUCAUCCACCUCACCCUGCACCACCUGCUGCUCCUCCCCCUCCCGCGACCGCCCUCCUCCGCCGCACUCUCUCUGGCGUCGCUCCCAGCAGUGCUGGCGGUGCUCGCCCUGUGGCGAGUGCUAGCGCGCCAGGGCCUCACUGCACACCUCUUCUCUGACUACUCCCUCUUCUUUUCUCGCUUCCUCGACCCCCCUUUCCCCGCCGCCACCACUGCUGCUGGACAAGAGGGGGCCAAGGCGGAAGGGGAGGGCGUAUGGGGGGGAGCGGAGGUGUGUGUGGGGCGGGAGGCGGUGUUGGUGCUGGAGGCGCUGUGCUGUGCGCUGCCACGGCUCCGAGGCGUGGUGCCUGUGGGCGACGGGGAUGGUGAUGGGGAGUGCGUUGAGGCAGAGUGGCAGGCAGGAGACAAGGAGGCAGCAGCAGUGGCGGCAGUGCUGCACUGCCUCGCCACUGUUGUCACUCGUGCCGUGCCCACCACGCCGCUCCAUGCAGCAGCUGAGCCAGCAGAGCACAGGCAGCAAAGUGGGGCGCAUGCAAGGGAGGAGGCACCCAUUGUGCGCCCUCCGUUCAUUGACGCCAUCACAUCCGCCCUCCUGCAAUCUGGCCUGCUGCCCUGCGUGUCACCCUCUACCCCUACAUCCUCCCCACACGCUCCACCUGCACUUCUCCCACCUGCCUCGCCCACCUUUCACCUGCUGAUGGCAGCAGCGCGUUUGCCGUGUGACCUGGGAGUGGCGACUCGCUUGCUCUCCACCAGAGCAGCAGGCAGACCCCUCUCACCUGCCGCGCACCGCAGGUGCUGGGGCGCUGGUGCAGGGGGUGCUGGGGCGCUGGUGUGGCGCGAGGGCAGCACGGAGAGAGGGGGGCCAGCGCCAGGGCACAUUGCCAUGGUGGCAGCGCUGCUGGCGCUGCUGCAGACACAGAGGUGCAUGCAGCCUGAGGGGUUAGGGGUGAGUGGGAAUGAAUCGGGGGAGAGGGGAGUGAGUGCAAGAGAGUUGGUGGAGGUGUGUUUUGCGGUGGCAGGCAGUGCAGGGCCCGCAGACGCUGAACCUGCAGCCUUCAUUCUGCUGCACACGCUGCUCUCUCCAUGCGUCCUCGCUUUCUCCCCUGCUGUACCGCCUGUGCCAUCCAGCACGGGUGAAAAAGUCCAGGUGGAGACGAAAGGGGAAAGGGGUGAGGGGGUGGAGGAGAGUGGCGGUGGUGGUGGUGGAGUGGGUGUGCGGGUGCUGCUGGAGGCCCUGUGGUUCUGCCGCCACUCCGUUCACACUGCUCUUACAGGUGCAGGGAGUGCAGCAAGCAAGGGCAAGCGAGGGCGACGGAGAGAGCGGGUGGGAGGGCGGCUGGCUGCAGUGGAGGAAGUGGAGGAGGAUGAGGAGGAGGAGAUGGAAGGAGUGGAGCAAGGAGGGGAGGUGCAGCAGGAGAGAGGUUGCAAGGAUGGCGAGAGGAGAGUGAGGUUUGAGGAGGAAGCAGGGGAAGGGACAGCAGGCGGUACUGUUGCUGAUAUCACCACCACUUCCACCAGCACCACCACCACCGCCAGUAGUGUUUUAGGUGUGGAGAGCAGCAGCAGUGGAUCGUUCCUGCUGCAGGGUGCAUGUGUGGCAGCGCAGCCACUGCUGCUCCAAUGGCAUGCUUGCAGCCUUCCUCUCCCUCCGGCCUGGCUCCUCAUCCCGCUGCCUGCUGCCGCUGCAAUGGCCGCUACUGCAUCUGCCACCCACACCACAGCCCCUUCUGAGUCUGCCCUUCCUGCACCUCUCUCCCCCCUCCACACGCUGCACGGCCUACUCGCCUUCCUCACCUCUUUAGAGACCAACCCCUCCACGGCGCCGCACAUGGCGCGCCUCCCAGCAUCCCUCAAGCUGCACCACCUCUCGCUGCUCUUCCUCGCAGACCCACCUCUCUACCUGCAUCCCACCCUCACCCGCCCCAUCGCAUGCCUGCAGGACGCAUACGCCCGGCAGCUCGCAUCACAGCACUCGGUGCCUGACUUCCCGCCGCACCUCUUCCCCCCAUCACUCUACGAGUCCUUCCUCCAAACCCUCGCUGAUCGCUUCGCCGCAGCCUCAUUUGGCCACGUGCUCUUUGCCCGCCAGCUCGCCACGCUCCUGCACGCCCACGUGGCUCCCCCCAUCCGCCUCGCCGCCUGGCGUGCCCUCGAUGCUGCCUCCGUGCUGCACCUGCUGCCACCGCUCGCGCUCUGUCCUGGCAGCCCCAUGGGGUACCUGUAUGCCUCGCCUCACUUCAAAGAAGCUGGGGGGAGUGACGCACUGGUCGUGGGGCAGGGGCAGGCGGUGGGCGGUGCAGGGGGGCCGCUGCUGCAGGCAUGCAUGCAGUCAUUAGAAUGUGGUGCGCUUGACAAAUGCUGCUCGCUGCUCACCUCUGCCACCUCCUUGACACAGCCUGCCCAUGAACCCGGAGCAACGAGCCAGCCAGAUGACCCGCUGCUGCCACUCACGCCUCUCUCUCCCCACAAGGCCGUGCCCGACUACCCCCUCUCACUUGCGCUUGCUGCCUCUCUGCUCGUCGCCUUCCUCUUUGACCAUGCACCUGACUCUGACUGCCCCACCCUUGUGGGUGUCGCGGCAUCUCCACAACCUGACCAACCUCAGCCUCAAGCGAGCGAACCCCUUGCCCAAUCACAGACUGCCAUCUGGCAGCGCGAGAGCGUGGCGCGGCGGCUGGCCAGGUAUGCGCAGCGCACCCCAGUGGCUCGUGAACUCGUGGCCUACCUGCUGACGUGGCAGUUGCCGGGAUGGCGGGACAGGUGGCGGGGCCAUGACAGUGGGAGCCCAGAUGGUGCUGCAGGAGGGAGCGAGAAAGGGGCAGGAGAGAGCGAGAAAGGGGGAGGAGCACAGCAGGAGGAAGAGCAGGACAUGGGGAGGAGCGGGUGGGUGGUGGGCAAGGCGGUGGUGCUUCGGCGCAUGGCACUGCUGCACAGGGCACUGCAGGCUGGUGGGGCUGCUGCUGAGGCGAGCAAGGGUGUGAUGGCAGAAGAAGCAGCAGCAGCAGGAGCGGGAGAUGCAGCGUUGAGUGCUCUGCAGGCAGAAGCUGUGCGCCACUCAGCGCAAGCCCACUCGGCCACUUCAAGCACCGUCGUCUUGGGGUAG